CAUUUUCAUGAUUUCAUUUAACUUCCACAAGUUUGUGAAACAGGAUGAGAUACUCAGUGAAAUGCUAUUUUCUUAUACCAUUUUUGAUUUUUGCAUGCCAGAGGUCAGUUUUGCCCGAGCAUUAUGUUUGGAGCCUCUUGAGAAAGAAGUUUGUGGAUUCAAGGCCCACACUGUAGGCUUGUGUCUGACACAUCAGCCCAGUACUCCAGAAAUGAUGGUUUUUGGCUGGGAUGUGGAACUAAAAUCUGAUUGUUCCCUCAAAUGAACAUUAGUAUACAUAACCUUAUUUGAGGUGGAUCACGAGUGCCCUUGCUAACAACUUAUCCUCUGAUCACCUGAGCAAAAGGUAAUCCUGUCAUCAUCUGGUUGCGGGAUUGAACUGUGGGUAGAUUGCCUGCUGAAUUUCCUCGCAUUACAACAGUGACUAUGUUUCGAAAGCACCUUGUUGGCUGUGAAGAGCUUGGGCAUAUCCAUCUGUGAGGAAGGGCGCUAUAUAAAAGAAGUAACGUUCUUUCUUUAGCUCAGUUCACACAGGGGAAGGGCAACGCUGUGUAUUUUGGCAACAACUGUGCAGAGCGGUAGGAAGAGGGCGCGAGUGUUCUUCCCAAGACACAAGUCACACACCGAGUUUAAAACAUGCAGACUAGCUUCCAGCAGCUGGCUCCAACAGUGCAGAGAGUGGCACAAGCAUCAUAUCUCCCAGGUUUUUUUUUAAACGGUAAAACCUCUAUCCUUUAAUGAACAUUAUUAACAUGACAUCCUGCGAAACUCAGUCAAAUUUGUAACAUUUUUUUCUUCCACCGAUCUCCCUUCAGUGCGAGAUCCUUUCAGCAUUCAAAGCAAUUAAAUGGCAAGCGGUAACCCCGGCAAGCAGGUAGAAAUUUCUAAAUUAUAUAAAAAAACAAAAGGAGCCGAGAUUAAUUGGUGUUGUGUCUUGAGUAGUGGGUUUGAACAGAGCAGCUUAAAACCGUAUCGGUGAGAAGGAAAAGGAGAUGGUCAAAUGGAGUGCAGGUCCUGACACCCCCUUCCUCAUCUCCAAUUUACAUUCGCUCUCUUCAGGGGGUUGGGAAGGCUCCACCACGUGGAUUGUGGAUUGCGGGGGGCGGGGGGUCUCUGCACAGACGGAUCGGCUUGGGUUUGUUUCCCGAGGAGUUUGGCAGCGCCGGGCAGUGAGCGUGUGUUCUCUCACUCCCUGCUUGGUAUUUCCCAAGCACCAAACAAGCCGGGACAGACCACACUGGCCGCUUUGGACCUCCAGCCGCUUGCGCUCUAUGUAAUGACGGGUUACUGAAGAGUGGCGAGGAAAUUCAGCAUUCUAUUGCCAUUGUUCUGCUGACUUCUUGCAAUUGAAGAAUUUCGAGUGUUGCUGGCUAGCCUUUGGAGCAAGGCCCCCUCAGGCGCUGGUUUAUCUUACAACUAUCGGGAUUGCAUGGAGCAUGAGUACGCUUGCGUGCAAUAGAAGGCAGCACCCAUAUGUGUGUGUGAAGGGGAAUCUUCCAAUCAAACAAUGAGGAUUACAAGAUUAACAGACUCGGUGCAAUUAUUAUGAUUAUGCUGCAAGUUCUUUGCAAAUGAAUACCAAGAAUAAGAAUAUACUGAGCGACAAGGUUCAAGAAAUACUUGGGAUGGGAAACUCGUAUGCUGGGCAACUAAAGACAACACGUUUUGAAGAGGUCCUGCACAAUUCGAUUGAAGCCUCCCUGCGGUCAAACAAUUUGGUUCCCAGGCCUGUGUUUUCCCAGUUAUAUCUCGAGGCUGAGCACCAGUUGAUCUCAAAUUUGGAAGCUUGCAAACGACCAGGAACUGAGGAGGAAGAGGAGGAUGAUGGGUCAGAGUCUAGUAGCCCCCUCAUUCCAUAUCAGAUGAAGCCUCCUCCAGAGGGGUGUUGUACCACUGAUGGCUUCUGUCAGGCGGGAAAGGACUUGCGGCUUGUUUCGAUGUCGAAUGAGCAGAUUGAAGUGCCAUCCGGAUUCCUUCUCAUUGGUGCCAAGUCUCCCAAUCUUCCUGAACACCUUCUAGUCUGUGCUGUGGAUAAGCGAUUUUUACCGGAUGAUAAUGGCCGAAAUGCUCUACUGGGUUUCUCUGGCAAUUGUGUUGGUUGCGGAGAAAAGGGAUUUCGCUAUUUCACGGAGUUUUCUAAUCACAUCAACCUGAAACUGAUCACCCAGCCAAAGAAACAAAAGCACCUGAAGUGUUACCUGAUUAAAAAUGCACAAGGCAGUCUGACUAAAGGACCUUUAAUCUGUUGGAAGGGCACAGAAGGCAGGACCCAGCAGUCAUCCUCGAGUUCCACCUCGAGCAUUCUCUCACAGCCACCGGAGAGUCCUGCCUCCUCGACGACAGUAGCAUCAGCAGACUACGUUGCUGGAAAUAAUCAGAAUGCAUUAACUGGAUUACUACAAGCAGGUGCUCCAACAGAUCAGGCUGUUUCACGAGCUGUUAUAGGGGCUUCUGCAAGUCAAAACAACAGAGAAUCAGCCAGGCAUCACAGCACAGUGAAGACCAACACCAUAUCAUUUCAGAAUAUGGCGAGGCCCUCAGUGAUAGGCAAUUUAGCUAAUUCAGGGCCUCCCAAGAAACGGCAUAGGGGCUGGUCACCAGACUCCUCUUCAGCAAUAGAAACACUCUCCAUUCAGAGCAAUCCAACGGCUCAAACUUUAGGAAGCAAAGCUGUUGCAGACAUUGCGGAAUUAGCUUGCAUGACUCAAUCCAGCCUUUUAGGAUCCAUUUCUUCUCCACUUCCUACCUCAGAAGAACCUGUCGUUGUACCUGACAAUUUACUUAAAAUCUGCAGGACCAGACCUGUCAUUUUUAAAGGCCAUGGAAACCUUCCUUACCUCUGUGGUAAUUUGAAUGAUAUAGUAGUCAGUCCAAUGCUACAGAACUGCUAUCGAAACACUCAAACUUUCCCUCGAGCGAAUGAACAACAUAGUACAUCUGUAACUACAGUAUUGUCCGUAGAGAUGCAAAUCUUACUGACCGUUUACUACCUAGCUCAACUUGCCCCAGAUCAGGUUCCUUUGAUUGAGGACUUGGAACACAUAUUGGUGAGAGCAUGGCAGGAAUCGAAUCUUACUGAAACCAAACAAUACCAACAAGCUGUUUCUCAUUCAGUGCCGUACAUGUCAUCAUCAAUGUUGGCAGUCACCCCAAAGCAACUCACUUGGUUGGCCAAGUUAGCCGCUAGCUCCUGCAAGAAUGUCGUCAGAAUCCUGGAUUCAGCAAGUUCAUUGGUGGAAGGUCUCACAGAAACAUUUAAGCUCCUCAGUGAGGGAAAAUUGUUGGGGAAGAAUUUUGUGGUGAUUAUUUGCGUCACUAAGAACCAAAGCACUGAAUCGUGUGUGGUGGUAACAGGAAAGCGACAAGCUGGAUUUCUAGCAGAGAGAAUGCUUAGUCCCAAAGAUCAUCUGAAAGAAAUCAAUUAUGAGCUCGUCACUGGAAAAGUUGGGGCUCUAGGAGCGUUUUUCAGCAGCCUUUGUCCGGAAGGAGAUAUCGACACACUCUUAGAAAAGUAUAGUCUGGCAAAGAAUGGCCAAGGCUCUUCUCUCACUAUGUCCUUCAAGAAAUUCGAUGACAGCACAGCCCAGAGACCAGCCAUUUGUUCAGUUUCUAACAAAGGAACAUGCCAGAUUCAUCCAGUUCAGCUUGCAGUAGCUCGAAAGUUACUGUCUCAUGUCUGCGCAAUUGCUGAUUCCAGCACGCAAAAUCUGGAUUUGGGCUCCUUUGAGAAAGUGGACUUCCUUAUUUUGGUGCCUCCAUCGGAAGUUGCCUACCAGCAGACUAUGUUGCGCGUCAAGCAGUCAGGGAUUUUGGUCGAACUUGGGUUGGAAACAGAGUGUACAGCAAAUCAAUGCGCAGAGCAGUAUGUCAUGAAGCUUACUGCAGAAGCUCAGGGGAAGUUUGAAGGCUUCCAGCAAAGAGCAUUAAAAAGUCCUUACACACUCUUCAUACUGAUCCAUGACCAUGCACACUGGGAUUUGACCAGUGGGGGAAUGUUUUCACAGAGUGAACCGUUUCUGGGCCUGGCUGAUAGAAUCGUGAACUGCAAAGAAAUUAAAGAAGCACUGAAUGUGUUGACACUCCAAGUUACAUCUUUCCCCUACGCCCUUCAAACACAGCAGACCUACAUCAGCCCCUAUAAUGAGAUCCAUUGGCCAUCAUCCUGCAACAGUGAAGUGAACUUGUACCAUGAAAAUAAUAAGUACUUCGGACUCUCAGACUUCAUUGAUUCCACCUACUCAGGACACAAACUUCCAUUGUUGAGAUAUGACAGUUCUUUUGAAGCAAUGGUUACUGCAGUGGAGGAAAGGUUUCCCAAGAUGCACAGUGCUGUGAUCUGGACAUACAUCUUAAUUCAGCAUUACUCAGCAGCCAUGAUGGUAACUGCAGGGCACUCACAGAUGAAGAACUAUUCUUCUGUGGAAACUCUAGAAAUAGUUCAGAGUCUUACAAACUCUACAAGAAACUGUCCAAACAACCAUGGCUACAUGGUUUUGCUCAGGAUUCCCUCCAUUUCGCUUGCUGCACUGGCAUAUGAGCGAUUGUGUCAGGUUAGACACCGCCUGGGUCUGCAGCACAGAUUUGAAAUCAUCCUUGGGACUCCAAACACGAAAAUAAACAUUAGCCAGCACUUUCUGACACAACUGAAGAUUUGGCAAAAGAUAGAGGAUCCUGAUUGGAAGCCUGAAACCUACUUGGAUCUGGAAGACCUACCGUGCAUACUUAUCUUAUCUGGUGCCGAUCCUUAUGGAGAAUCCUUUCCACGGUCUGCAAAGUACUAUGAUUUACGUUUAAUAAACUCAACUUGUCUUUUGCGUACUGCUUUGGAACAAGAACUGGGGCUGGCAGCUUGCUAUGUCGUUCCUGAAACCUCUGGGCAGACAACGAUAGUGAAUGAUCUCUCUGAGAGUGACCUGGAUAAACCAGGCAGUACUGACGAUGAUGAGGAUAGUGUUGCAAUUGAAGUGACAACAGUUGCAGACUCAGGAAAGAACAGUAAUAAUAAGAGACAGCGUUCCUAUUCUAAUCAGUCAGCUUCAUCUAGAUCAUCAAAAACAUCAAGCUUCCUUUGCGACAGUGAUCCUUUCUCACCCUCUGGAGCUGAAGAUUCUGCAAGACAUCCACUGAAUGCUGAACCUGUUAAUAUUGAGGAUGGUGGUGGGACCAGAGAGAAACCUAAGCUGAGAUCAGACAGCGUACAACAGAAGCCUAAUCAUGAGGCUCAGUAUUCAGAAAAGCAUAAAAUAAACUUGGAUCAAAACGACAACAAAAGCUCACAAAGAAUCUCUAAAACCUUUUCCGUCUCUUCGUCUAUUCAGACCCCCAUUCUGGGACAGAUGUCAUCCCAGUGCCCAAGGACAAAGGCAGCAAGCCAACCACCAACUGUGUUCCUCCCAAAACUGAUCUAUGAGAUUGUUACCAAAGUGGACAGUUCUGGAGUGGCUAAGUUAUCAUCCUUUCUCCCACACCAUUCAGUUAAUUGGGUGACCUCCUUUCAUCCUUCAUUGGCCAAGAUGAUGACCUCCACAGAGCAAUCCCUGUACUAUCGCCAGUGGACCGUGGCUAAACAAAACCAUAUGGAUUUCAACAAAGCACAGAAUAGGACUGAGAUAUUUCAUCCGCGUAGACUUCUGCUGAAUGGUCCACCACAGGUGGGGAAGACAGGAGCCUAUCUGCAGUUCCUUAGUAUUUUAUCAAGAAUGUUGAUUCGACUGAUGGAGGUAGAUGUUUAUGAUGAAGAAGAAAUUAACCUCAGUGAGUGCUUGCUUUGUUCUCCAGAACCCAAAGAAGGUUUUUCCCUACAACAGAAAGAGAGCUUGCCAUGGCCUGAUUUGGAGAGUUUCAGUAAAUUGUCAUUUGAUUACACUGUUCAUGAUCCAAAGUAUGAAGAUGCAAGUCCAGUUUACUCAAGGGACCUUGUAAAUAACAAAGGAUAUAAAGCUAAUAAGAAAGAGGAUGACAUCUAUCUGCGACGCCAAACAACACGUAUGAGGCUGUCCAAGUAUGCUGCCUAUAACACUUACCAUCACUGCGAGCAGUGUCAUGAAUACAUGGGUUUCAAUCCCAGAUGCCAGCCAUAUGAUGCCACACUCCACGCCUUCACCUUUUCCUGCUCGAUGCUGGGGGAGGAGGUCCAGCUCCAUUUUAUUAUUCCCAAAUCAAAGGAACAGAAUUUUAUUUUCAGUCAACCUGGAAGGCAGUUGGAAAGUAUGAGGUUACCACUUCUUACUGACAAGAAUCCAGACUGUGUAAAGAGUCCAGUCUUCACACCUACAACUGGGCGUCAUGAACACGGUCUCUUCAAUCUAUAUCAUGCUAUGGAUGGUGCCAACCACUUGCAUGUGCUGGUGAUCAAGGAGUAUGAGAUGGCAGUCUAUAAGAAAUAUUGGCCAAACCACAUCAUGCUUGUCCUCCCCAGCAUCUUCAACAACUCUGGAGUUGGUGCAGCUCAUUUUUUGAUCAAAGAGCUGUCCUAUCAUAACUUGGAACUGGAACGUAAUCGCCAAGAAGAGCUUGGAUCUAAACCCCAGGAUGUGUGGCCAUUCAUUGUCAUUGCUGAUGACUCCUGUGUGAUGUGGAACAGUCUUAAUACUGACGUUUCUAAGAACGCUACCAGUGCGCCUGCUGAACCAAAUACCUUAGAGAGGAAUGUUUCUUUGAAGCAUGUACUUCAGCAUAUUGAGGCAACUGCUGAAAUUCCACACUAUGCCCUAUGUGGGGUCCGGAAGUGGUCUAGUAAAAUAACCAACCUGCACUUUGUGGAACCUUUCUCCCGCUGCCAUCUACAUGAUUUCUUGCUGCUAAAUGUAGACUUGACUCAAAAUGUUCAGUACAAUCAGAACAGAUUUACUUGUGACGAUGUGGAUUUCAAUCUCCGGGUCCACAGUGCUGGUCUUCUUAUCUGUCGUUUCAAUAGCUUCAGUGUUAUGAAGAAACAAAUUGCCAUUGGGGGGCACAGAACAUUCCAUAUCAAGUCAAAGGUUCCUGAUGCACCAAUGUCCAUUUCCCCAUCUCAGUAUAUCUGUGCUCCAGACAGCAAACACACAUUUUUAGCUGCACCAGCCCAAUUACUGCUUGAAAAGUAUCUGCAGCACACAAGUAACCAUCUUUUCCCAUUAUCUGUAAGGAACUACAGUCAUCCAGUGCUCUCAGUAGACUGUUAUCUCAACCUAGGUCAAGAGAUUACAGUUUGCUUUGUGAGUUCACGUCCUCAUUCUUUAAAUAUAAACACCUCUGGCCUUACUUUCAGCGGGCUCCUGCUGUAUCUCUGUGACUCAUUUGUCACAGCGAAUAUUUUGAAAAAAUUUCACUUUCUCAAAGGUGCCACACUCUGUGUAAUUUGUCAAGAUCGUAGCUCUCUUCGUCAGACUGUUGUAAGAUUAGAGCUGGAAGAUGAGUGGCAGUUCCGACUGCGAGAUGAAUUCCAGACAGCUAACUCCCAAGAAGACAAGCCACUCUUUUUUCUGACUGGGCGACAUGUCUGAGACACGAACGUUUAACACACUGACUGCAAAACCGAGCACUCCAUAAGUAAUGCAGAAUUUACUUUAAGCCAUGAACAUAUUAACAUGUUUAAAACAGUGUUGUACAAAAGAAAAACUGAAUGGUACCAAAUUAAUCAAAUGUAAAGACUGAUAUACAUCAAGAACAAUUUCCUGUAAACGUUCCUCAAUUUUAUGCACUGCCGUAACAUAUAUUUUAAAAUGGAAUUUUUGAAGUGUCUUUACUUACCUGAAUACUAGACAGAAAUGUAAGCUUUAAUGUUUUGUGUAGUUUAGAAUCAAUGAUGUUGUAUUUGAUCCAAUUUGAAACAUUCUGGUUUGAAUCACCACUCUGCUGUUUUGAAAGAAAUCAGGAAGAGUACCCUCCUCACUAGACACUGUGGAAGUUGGUGGCAAAUCUGCACUUUAGAACCUUUAACUGUGAGACGUAUGAUGAGAGACUGAACUCUUAUGUAGCCCCUUGCAGGUAAUGGAUCGAUUCAUAAUCGGGCAUUAUGAAACUGCUGAUCUGGUGAAAAGCAAUGGGCUUUUAAAUACUUCGACGGCUGAAAUACCUUUGCUGUUGCCAAGAUCAAAGCCUUUCUUUUGGAGUGAGGAUCGAGUUUAAAUAAACUUAUCAGAAGUUGAUACACACACUGACAUAUCUAGUUAAUCCACUGCAUCCUUUAAGACCAUAAAUUGAAGAUAUGGAGGGUCAGAGACUUAGCCUUGGAAGAUGGAGUAUAGAAUCAUGCUUUUACUGAAUCUACAAAUUGUUUCCUGGAUAUGGGAUGGGUAGGGGAUGCAGAGAAGGGUUUGCAUAGUUAGAAGCAUUACAUUCACUUGUUCCUGUUUGUCUUUUAUUAAUUUUCCAAGAUCCUAGUUCAGCCCAAAAGGUUUCAGAUAAUCUGGCUCCAAAAUCUAAACUGAUGAACAUGUUCUAGUCUAAUUGAACUAACAUGAAAAACAUUCUAAAUCUUGUUUUGAUUUCCUUUCACAUUGGAGACUGUAACAUUUUUAUACUGAAGUGUCAAUAUUGCCAACAUUUGGGAAGCCUUAAAUAGAAAAGUCAAGGAUCAUAUUAAAAGCUGACAGUCAGAUUUUGUAUUGUAAUAACCUGUUGGGAAAACUUUUCCAUCCUCUUUGGAAAAAAAAACCAAAUGACUGAGAUCUAUUUUUCAGGGUAAAGGUUGAAAUUGCCAUGUAAGAAGAUGUUACAUAAUUAUUCUCAGCAAUUCACCAAUUGAAGGGCAACUUAUACACACAUGAAAUGUUUGAGCUUUUAAUGCAAGAUUUAAAUAUCAGAAUUCACCUCAAUAUUGGAAGGACUUGUAUCAUGUCAUAGAAUUGAAUGUCUUUUGAUCUCAUUUUAUUUCAAAGUUAGUAAUUAUUGGAAUAUUGAGGAGUGUAAAACUAAUUGUGACCGAAUGGUAGGAUUGUCAUGUAAUGCUCAAUGUAAUCUAUUGCAUAAAAUAUGGGGACAAAUUCUAACCCUGUAACCUGAUGAGAAGAGGUCAGACAAGGUAUUAAAAUAGCUGCAUAGUAGUCUCUCUGUGUGCCUGAUCACUGCCAUUUUAACCGCAGUUUUUGGAAGCGGCUAAGGCAUCCAAUGUAGUUGGUGGGAGCUUUGUGAAUAUGAAACAGCGUGAUAAGUUUUAACUAGACUGAGCCUUGUGGCAAGCAGAUCUGGACUAGAAAUGGAAGGAGUCGUC